AUAAUAAAAAAUAUUUUACCUGAAACAAUCAAAGCCUCGUUAGGUCCAACCGUGUGUAUGUUACCCAUCGCUAAGAUUAUUCACACCGCACAAAACUACUUCGACGGAUUAAAAAACGAUCAAAACACGUCCCAAAAAAAACUAAAACACUCAGAACAGCCCUUUAACUCUCUGCAAGACCGGCCAUGCUAGAACCAUUUGAUAAUCAAGACGGGCGCAUGCGUUUAUUUUUAUAGUAUAAAAAAGAUGCACAUUAAUAUUAGAGCAAUGCAGAUUUCCGAAAACUAGUUUUCAUUGUGAUAUUAAAUGUCAGUAUCGAGUAUAGCGUCGUUUGGGUCUUUUAAAUUUCUGUGGAAACACAAACAAAACGAAGGAAAUGUGACCAGUCCCAAACAGUGAUUGUAGAUUUAAUUCAGGAUGUCAGAUACAAGUGACUUAGAUCGCCAAAUAGAACAGUUAAAAAGAUGCGAAAUUAUUAAAGAAGCAGAAGUUAAAGCCCUUUGUGCAAAGGCAAGAGAAAUUUUAGUAGAAGAAAGUAAUGUGCAAAGGGUGGAUUCACCAGUAACGGUUUGUGGAGACAUUCAUGGCCAAUUUUACGAUCUAAAGGAGUUAUUCAAAGUCGGAGGAGAUGUACCUGAAACCAAUUAUUUAUUUAUGGGGGAUUUUGUUGAUCGUGGAUUUUAUAGUGUUGAGACGUUUCUUCUACUACUUGCAUUAAAAGUUCGAUAUCCAGAUCGUAUAACUUUAAUUCGAGGCAAUCAUGAAUCUAGACAAAUUACUCAAGUAUAUGGUUUCUAUGAUGAAUGUUUAAGAAAAUAUGGGUCAAUAACUGUUUGGAGAUACUGUACUGAAAUAUUUGAUUACUUGUCCCUUUCUGCAAUUAUUGAUGGAAAAAUAUUUUGUGUUCAUGGUGGUCUUUCACCAUCUAUUCAAACGUUAGAUCAAAUUAGAACCAUUGAUCGUAAACAAGAAGUUCCUCACGAUGGACCCAUGUGCGAUUUAUUGUGGAGUGACCCAGAAGAUACCCAAGGUUGGGGGGUUUCCCCAAGGGGCGCUGGUUAUCUAUUUGGAUCAGAUGUAGUUGCUCAAUUUAAUGCAGCUAAUGACAUCGAUAUGAUCUGUCGUGCCCACCAACUGGUUAUGGAAGGCUACAAAUGGCACUUUAAUGAGACUGUUCUAACAGUAUGGUCAGCACCUAAUUACUGUUAUAGGUGUGGAAACGUAGCAGCAAUAUUAGAACUGAAUGAACAUCUUCAACGGGACUUUACAAUAUUCGAAGCUGCCCCUCAAGAGACUCGAGGAAUACCGUCGAAAAAGCCCCAAGCUGAUUACUUCCUGUAAAGUUGUCCCUCCCAAUUUUCUCAGGUCAACGUCGUUUCGAUCGUCGGCUAUUAAAUACUACCUUAGUAGUUUUCGAUUGAAACAUCAGAGCUUAUUUAUAGGUCAUAAAAUAAUUAACAAAUAAAAACAUAACGGACUGCCUGUAAUUACUGUAGUUAAUAUUUUUUUUUAUAAUUUAUGCCCAUAGACUGUAAGAUUAGAUGUUAAUAUAAAAAUUAUAUUUGUAAAGUACCCAGUAAAUUUCAUCGUUUUAGUAAAUAA